AUGGGGGCCAAGUUGAAAUUGAUGAAGGUCGGGGAGGCUGAAGUAGCAGCCUGGGUUGUAGUGAGUCACAGCGGAGAUCGGAUCAGCCCUGGGGGCCUCAAAGGCUACUCCCCCACCCUCUCCCACCCCACCCUCACUAACCAGACCCUCACUAACCAGACCCUCACUGUGUGCUGGUGGGAGGAUGAGCACCCUGGGCUGUCCGACCUGGAGAUCAUCUCCCAGCCUGGGGAAGAGGAGAACCCCUGCCUGGCACCUGUACAGCUGGUCAGCUUUGGCUACCGUGACCUGCCCCUGGCUGCUCUGGACCUCUCGCUGGCCGGUUCCCAACUCCUCUCCAACCUAGACGAGGACGAUAACCGGGAAGGGUCUAACUGGCUGAAGCCCUGCUGUGGUCGGCGGGUAGCCCUGUGGCAGGUGUGUCUACUCAGUGCUGGCUUCAACUGCUUACUGGUGGCCUGUGUCAUCCUGGUGGUGCUCUUCCUAACUCUGGAACUCCUCAUCGACACCAAGCUGCUACAAUUUGCCAAUGCGUUCCAGUUUGCCAGCAUCAUGCAUUGGAUCAGCCUUAUCAUCCUCUCUCUCUUCUUCUCUGAGACUGUUUUCCGGAUUGUCGUCCUUGGGAUCUGGGACUACAUCGAAAAUAAAGUUGAGGUGUUUGAUGGUGCCGUCAUCGUGCUGUCCUUGGCCCCCAUGGUGGCCUCCACCGUGGCCAACGGCCCCAGCAGCCCCUGGGACGCCAUCAGUCUCAUCAUCACCCUGCGGAUCUGGAGGGUCAAGAGGAUCAUUGACGCCUAUGUCCUGCAGGUGAAGGUGGAGAUGGAGCUGGAGAUCCAGCAGUGCGAGAAGACCAAGGCCAUGAGGGAGGAGCAGUUGGAGCGCCUCACUCAGAUCUGCCAGGAACAGGCUUUUGAGAUCAGGCAGCUUAGGGCACAUCUGGCCCAGCAGGACCUGGACUUGGCUGCGGAGCGGGAGGCGGCCAUGCAGAUCCACCACGUGUGGGGCAAGCAGAGCAGCAGCUUCCAGGUGCUGGAGGGCCUGGGCCCAGGGGAGUCUGACGACGAGGGCCAGGGGGGCCGCCAGGGGGGCCGGCAGGGGAACCACAGGGAGCCCCGUGCCCCCACAGAUCCAGUUGUACGAGAUGAUAUGAACAACUAUAUCAGCCAGUAUUACAGCGAGCCAAGCAGUGACGGGGGUGCUUCAGCAGGUGGCAUUAGGGUGAUCACCACAGCGGCCAUCGACGUCCACCUCCCCACUAACCCCAACCCCGGCCACUCCAACCCUCUGCUCUGUGUUGAAAGAGUGGGCGGCGAUUUGAGUGACACAUCCACCAGCGUAUCCCGGUCCAGCGGCAGCCUGACAGCCCGCCCCCACAGCCUGAGCAGCCACACCCUAGGGUCGUCCUCCACAGACUGCAGCAGCAGCACAGCCAGGGAACUCUGCCUGGACUACAACUCCCAACACUGCUGUGUCCCCCAGUCCUACUGCAGCUCUCUCGGGGGCCCUACCCAGCAGCUGCCGUCGUCUGGCCCACCUCCCCGGGACCCCAGCGUGGUGGUGCAGGAGCUGCUGUGCUCCCUGUCAGAGGACUCCUGCCUGGCCCAGAAGGGUCUGCCAGUGGACCCGGUCAACCUGAAGCUGCCCAGUCCUACAGGCUCCACCAAGGCCAGUCCCGAGCUGGAGCACAGGGUCAACAUCUACAACAGGAGGAACCAGGAGGAGGGCCGGGGCCGGGGUCGGGGCUGCGUGUUCCUCCAGACUAAGCCUCUCAUCCACCUGCAUAGCAGCAGCACUGAACCGUCUCUGGAGGAGAAGUACAGGCUCCCGGCCCCGGCCGACACCCCCCUGAGCCGCAUCACGCCCAACACAUAGUCCACCCAGUGGGUGGGCGAGGAGCACAGACAGGACAACCUGUUCCUCCUUAGACAGUUGUAACUGAUCCCUAACUUCUAAAUCCUCCGUGAGUAAGGCAGGAACGAGCACACUGGCAACGUGCUCGUGCUCUGCUAAACCCUUCUGUCGAUCGGCAGAUCGAGCCUGCCUUCUUCCUCGUUAGGGAUCCUUGGUUGCUAGCCAUGCACCAUGAUUGCACAACAUCAACCCUGUGAGAAAGGGACUAAUGCAAGCCUAGACACCACUGUCGUCAGGAAAUCCUCUACUAAAUGGGUCUCAAUUGUGAGAUUUAACCAGCAAGGGGACUUAUUCAAGCCUAUAGAGAACAAACUUCAAGAACAGUGUUACUUCCUUAUGUAUGAUUCUGCUUUUACAUGGUGAAAGCAGUGUUUUGAUUUUGAUUUUAUUUUUUAAGAUAUGGUAUCUGUGCCAGUCUCUCUGUUCUUACAGCCACAGGGUACACUGAAUGACCAUUGCCAACAGUCAAUUUCUUACCUUUGUCUAUAUAUAACUGAGAUGAAGAUAUUUGUAUUGAAACUGAAGAUUAGGAUAGCAAGUGUGACGUUUUUGGAUUAAAUAAAAGCCUAAUUGAGGCAUUAAAAUAAAUUAAUUGUGAAGUUAAUGCCGGUUGGAGGUGGGGAAACAUGGAGUGAACCUAUACAAUGAUCUGGGCCACCAACAUGGCAUGUCAAUUCUGUGCAUUUUCAUGUUUACACGUUUUUGUAAACUUAAAAUGGGAGAUCUCAUUGUCAACUGCAGGUGUUGUCAUUUGAAUAAAAGUUUCCAAAAUUGAUAGAUAAGACUACACAAUAGUAUUUUGCCUUCUGUACGUGGACAUUCUUAUGGUUGUAUGUUACAUUACUUUAAAGCUGUGCUUUCUAUUUACUUUGAACAUGGAGUAUGAAAUGUUGAGAACAAGAGCCUAAACCACAACGACCUGGGUUCACAUCCAGCACAGUGCCAAACACAUCCCUGGGCCCAGAUCCCUGUAAACGCAGCAUACUCCCCGACUGUCCAGAUCCACUCUCCCAACUGUCUUUUCAGGUACCCAACUGUCCCACCAGGAAAGACUCAACCAAGUCUAAAAAGAAAUGGCCUUUUAUCAGUUUUAUUUAUAAGUCGAGUUUUAUUAUUUAGUCGAAGAGUAAAAAUGUAACUGUAAGAUCUUUCAGCCUGAUUUGAACACAUGACCCCUUACACAGCAGCCCACAUCCUUAACCACUGACCUAUCAGGGAUUAUAACAAGUUCCACUCAUCAUUUAAAUUUGACAUUGAACUAGCUAGUUGUAACAACCUGCAGAGUUGUGGUGUCAGAAAACCAAAUGAGAGCAGUGCUCCCCUGUUAGCUCACUGGGUUAGUGUGCAUGCUCUGAAAGCUUGGUCAGUACUGCAACACCCUGGAUUCAA